AGUAAACGCGCGAUCUCGUGCACUAGCACAACUUGAAGGGAAAUAGAGAAAAGAAGAGGAAAAAUUAUAGAAGAGAGUACAAAAUUACGAAAUAAAGAAAGGGUUGACUAAUCGAAAUGUGGCAAUUUUCUCUACUGUUAAAAUGACGGGCUGGCUGGUAACAACGUUGAAAUUCAGACGACACGCGAUACGUUCGUAGUGGAUGGAUUCGUUUUCGAUGGACCGGCAGACAGACCGGGAGAUUCCACAACCCGUUUCGAUUCUGUAACAGUUACGACAAUUGCGACAACAACGGCUGCUUCUCCGAACGACUCUCAGUAUAACGAGUGUAUAACAAGGUGUCCGAUGUCACGCUGAAGUAUGUCGGACGUUGCACGACUUCGAAAAUAAGAGGAAGAUAAUGCAUAAUGACGGCGUAUUUACCGAUUGAGAAUAUUGAUUCACACUGGAGAAGACUGGUUUACCAUGUAGUUAUGUAAUUGUCUAUUCAUCGUUGCUUCAUUUUUAAUACAAGUUUCAUGGAAAAAAACA